AUGCCUGCUCAUGUGCCCUUCUCCAUGCCUGCUCCUGUGCUCUCCUCUGUGGCUGCUCCUGUGGCCUCCACAAUGCCUGCUCUUGUGCCCUCCUCCUUGCCUGCUCCUGUGCCCUCCUCCGUGCCUGCUCCUGUGCCCUCCUCCUUGCCUGCUCCUGUGCCCUUCUCCGUGCCUGCUCCUGUGCCCUCCUCCGUGCCUGCUCCUGUGCCCUCCUCCGUGCCUGCUCCUGUGCCCUCCUCCUUGCCUGCUCCUGUGCCCUCCUCCUUGCCUGCUCAUGUGCUCUUCCCUGCGCCCCUUAGUUCGGGCUUGCUGGAACGGGAGGUUGUGGCCCCAGCUGUCUGCGAUAGUGCGAGUCGCGAUCUCGUCCUGGUGCUGAAGUAG